ACCUACCUACCAACCUAUCCAUCUGCUUGCUUGCCUGCCUGUCAGCUAGCUGACCAGCCAGCAGGCUAGCUAAUCAGCUUAGCUAAUCAACCAGCCAGUUAGUCAGCGAACAGUCACAAUGACGCGUCAUACGACGUCGGACUACUGUACCCGACAACGGGUUUUCGUUGCCGAUAUCUGGCGGUUGCUGAUGCUGUUGUCGAUGCUACUACUGCUCGCUCGCGCCUCUCGCACGCGACCGAUCGUUUCUUCCUCGCCGUCAUGACCCGCUUGCGGUCGUGCCUUUGUCGCGCUGUAUCGUACCCAUGUAUCGGAUGACUCACUCUUCUCUUCGCGCGAGCGAGUGCGCGAGCGAGCGAGCGAGCGAGCAAGAGAACGAGCAAGAGAACGAGUGAGAUGCCCGCUGAAGGAAGAGCAGCGCGAGGAUGAGAAAUGAAGUAUAUGAGAAACAUUUAAUUAAUAUCCUUCAGUGAACAAAGAUGAAUAGUGAGCAGCAUGCAUUGCCAGCGACUACGCAGGCACAACAAGAGCUCGCAUCAUCAGUCGACAGCGCCGCAUCAUCAUCAUCAACCUUCGGUUAGCAGCAGCAGCCAUCACAGUUCCCUGUCCUCGAAUCCGCAGAUACCGGUAUCUCUACCUGGUCUGAACUUAGACGGCGCGCAUAUCCCGACGAGCGUUAGUCACUUGCAGGCCGCGCAUGCACAAAUGCAACAGCAAAUGCAGGCGCAACAGCAACAGCUGCACCAGCAGCAACAACAGCAGCAGCCGCCGCCACCGCAGCAGCAGCAGCAACAGCAGCAGCAGCAGCAGCAGUCUUCCCAUCAUCAGAUGCAGAAUCACCAAAACGCCCAGAACAAUGGACCGACCGCACACAGUCAGAGUGCGCAGCGAGACGACAACAAAGUCAAGGACGAGGGUGGCAGCUGCACCACCGAGCGCUGCAGCGACAAUCAGGUUCACUGUCAAGUUCAAUGUGAUCUGCAAUUACAACCGCCGCAAGAUCUUCAACAGAGCUUGAUGCAACAGCAGCAGCAGCAACAGCAACAGCAGCAGCAACAGCAGCAGCAGCAGAUCGGAGUGAACAUCAGCGGUAACUCCAAUACGGAGGGCGGUAGUCAGAACAAUUCUGAGAAGCCUGAGAAGGAGAAGGAAUUGCGGCAACUUAAUAUGACACAAUUCCAAGUUCCUGACUUGAAACCAGGUGGACACAUGAUGGACGUGAGAACGGCGGACGGCUCGGUCGUAAAGAUUAGCGCCGGGAAUGAGCAAGAUUUGGCGAAAACGCUCGGCGUCGAGAUGGUGCAAAAUAUGUACAAGGUCAAUGUCGAGGACAUUAACCAGUUACUGGCGUAUCAUGAGGUUUUCGGCAAGUUGCAGAGUGAAAUCGCUGCUGGGACGACAUUAGUAGGUAGCACUGUACCUACACAAACAGUUACCACGAUACAGAACGGCACGCCGAUCGUGCAACAGGUCCAGCUGAACAAGUUCGACAUCAAGUCGAGCGACGGCGAGGCGACGCCCGGCCCGAGCGCUUCGCCCGUGUCGGUCGGCAGUCAUUCCUGCGAAAUAUGCGGGAAGAUCUUCCAAUUUCGUUAUCAACUGAUUGUACACCGUAGAUACCACACGGAGAGAAAGCCGUUCACGUGUCAGGUGUGCGGCAAAGCGUUCUCGAACGCAAACGACCUAACGCGUCACGGCAAGUGCCACUUGGGUGGAUCCAUGUUCACCUGCACAGUUUGCUUUCAUGUCUUCGCGAACGCGGCCUCGCUGGAGCGUCAUAUGAAGAGACACGCCACCGACAAACCGUACAAUUGCACGGUCUGCGGCAAGAGCUUCGCACGCAAAGAACAUUUGGAUAACCAUACGAGAUGCCACACCGGCGAGACACCAUAUCGAUGCCAAUUCUGCUCGAAGACAUUUACCCGAAAAGAACACAUGGUAAAUCACGUUCGCAAACACACUGGUGAGACUCCCCAUCGAUGUGAUAUUUGCAAGAAGAGCUUUACUCGCAAAGAACACUUUAUGAACCAUGUUAUGUGGCAUACAGGAGAAACGCCUCAUCAUUGUACAGCCUGCGGCAAGAAGUAUACGCGCAAAGAGCACCUUGCUAACCACAUGCGCUCGCACACGAACGACACGCCGUUCCGUUGUGAAAUAUGCGGUAAGUCGUUUACGAGGAAGGAGCACUUCACGAACCACAUAAUGUGGCACACGGGCGAGACGCCGCACCGCUGCGACUUCUGCUCGAAGACGUUCACGCGAAAGGAGCAUCUCCUCAACCACGUUCGCCAGCACACGGGUGAGUCUCCACACCGAUGCGGCUUCUGCUCCAAAUCGUUCACCAGAAAGGAACACCUUGUUAACCACAUCCGCCAACACACAGGGGAGACGCCCUUCCGCUGUCAAUACUGUCCGAAAGCAUUUACGCGGAAGGAUCACCUGGUGAACCACGUCAGGCAGCACACGGGUGAGUCACCGCACAAGUGCCAGUAUUGCACCAAAUCCUUCACGCGGAAGGAACAUUUGACCAAUCACGUGCGUCAACAUACAGGCGAAUCGCCACACCGAUGUCACUUCUGCUCCAAGUCAUUUACUCGUAAGGAGCAUUUGACGAAUCAUGUGCGCAUCCACACUGGCGAAUCUCCACACAGGUGUGAGUUUUGCCAGAGGACGUUCACCAGGAAAGAACACCUCAAUAAUCAUCUCCGUCAGCACACCGGAGAUUCCUCACACUGUUGCAACGUGUGCUCCAAGCCGUUCACAAGAAAGGAACAUCUCGUGAAUCACAUGCGUUGCCAUACUGGUGAACGUCCAUUUGUGUGCACAGAAUGUGGCAAAAGUUUCCCGCUGAAGGGCAAUCUCCUAUUUCAUAUGCGCUCGCACAAUAAGGGCAGCAACGCCGAGAGGCCGUUCCGCUGUGACCUGUGCGCCAAAGAUUUCAUGUGCAAAGGACACUUGGUCUCGCACAGACGCUCGCACUCGGACGAGCGACCGCACAGUUGCCCAGAUUGCGGCAAGACCUUCGUCGAGAAGGGCAAUAUGCUGAGACAUCUGCGUAAACACGCGGCCGAGGGUCCGCCGACGCAGGUCAGCACCCCGUCGGCCAUACCGCAAUCCGGCGUUCUGCCAAUACCGGCGGCGGCGGUGCUCGUGGGACACCCGUUGGCACCGCCGGCACCCCCGGUGGUGCCGCAGCACACGGUGGUCGUGCCCACUCCGCCGGGUGUACUAACGUCGUACUAAGAAAAUAUACGAAACAAGACAAAAAAACCAAAUUCAGAGGAAAAGGAUACGCAGAGGGAAAAGAUACCGAUGGAUAAGAGGAGAAGAAGAGGAGGGAGGAUGCAUUUGAAUUUGAUACAUGUGCGUGAUAUAUACAUAUAUAUAUAUGUGCGCGUAAUACUUAAGGUACACGAUUGUGUUGAAGAGUCGGUGAAGGAGUUGUGCGCCGUUCAUCGUUUCCUCGCAAUGACCGCUGGAUCACAAUGGAUUAUAUAUACGCCGUCGUCGAGGAUCAUCGGUGUUUUGGGUGGACGCGUCUGCAACAGCAGCGGGGCAUAGCAGCAGGAGAAAGCACAGUAGACAUACACGUACACACACAUGUACACACCAUUUUUGUUUGGCAAGGAAACUUGGGACGAUACGGUGUACAGCGGUUGUACACGCGCUAUUGGAACAUCGAUUGUUCCUCGCGACAAGCAUGGUGUAUUUCCCAAAGGUUUGGUUUCGCUUAUUUAUGCUUGUACUUGAUAAGUAUGUCGACUGUGGUAACGAUCUUGCAUGCGUGUUUACGUUCCAAAUCUAUGCGAGAAAAGCGUAGUGUCCGAGGGACAACUUUGUAAUUACGUGACAGGCAGAACGCGGUAAUUUUACAUAUUUUAAGUAACUAUCGCGUAAUUUUAACAGAGAGGCACUAAUUACGAUGUCCACGACGAAUUUGCAUUGAAUUAUAAUCAAUACUUUGAUUUCACACGAAUACGAUUGAGAAAAUGCGUUCGCUGUUAGCAGCGUUACGAAAAUCGGCGUCACGGAGGUGAUUUUUCAAACAAAUCAAAGUAUAGUGACGAUGUAUGAGUAUUAUAGUGGCGGUUAACAGUCGUGACCAACGUUGCUUAACGUUAGUUAUUGACCUCUCAGCAUUAUUUUGCUGCAAUGCGUUACAGAAAGCGUAUCAAUUACAUUAUUAAUUUUUUUCUUUUGGUAAGAAUUCGGUGGCGGUUUCAUUUCAGAUUCGGAGUGGUAUUUUGAAUUUUGCAGUUGGGAUAGGCUCAAUGUAUAUGACUACUUUCAUAUGGAGUGUGAUUCAAUCUAUGGUAUAACCGAAAUUGAGACGAUCUUUCAUGUGAAGAUCAAAUAAAAUUUCUCGACAUCUUCUAUGAUAAAACAACUAACAUUUCAUUGACAACAAAUGAUAGUGAUACUUAUAAAGAUAAUAUUGAUAACAAUCAAUGAAAUUACAUUUAUCAAUAUAAAUUAUUGAAUAAUUCAGUAUUUAUUUACAAAUUAUAUUUACUCUCGUGCUAUAUAAUAUUUAUUUAUUUUGUUUAUAAAUUAUUGUUUCAUUUAUUAUAUUUGUGAUUUAUAUAAGGAGUACAAAAUUUGAAAUUUUAUUUAAUUUUUUCCUCCUUGAUUGAAUCAACGAUACAGAAAUUGUUAAAAAUUAAGCUUUAAUCAAAUAAGUCUAAAAAGAAGGAACGAAAAAAAGAUUAAUAUUUCUAUAAUAUUAUUUUUAUCGAACGUCAAACGUCGCGGCAAAAAAAUAUUUAUUUCCGUUCUAUAUUUAAUAUAUUUUAUUCUUUAUCAAUGCGCUUUAUCUUUGCAUGAAAAUUCAAAUACUCCUUGUACCAUCGAUUUUGCCACACUCUGUAUAUUAAGUAUAUUAUUCAUUAAAAACCGAUACGAAAGUUUGUAUAAGUUGGACAAGCAUAUCGUUUUUCUCAGUAAUUACACACAGAAUGGUAAAUACUAGUCCUAAUAAUUUCAUCAAGAUACUUUCCCGGUAUUGUCGCGAUAUAAGUUGUUGAUACAUACGAGUCACAGAAUGAUCUAUAGCUCGUUAGUGUGCGUUUCGGCAGUAAUAGAAAAUCUUCGAUUUUGUUCGAGCGUGAAUUCAUGUUGUAGAUAAUUAUGCUUUUACUUAGUUAUUAGCGAAUAUAAUCUUAUUAGCUGUUACGGUCGAGUGCAAUAUGGCUCAGCCGCUUGAGAGACAGAGACAGACACCUGCAAAUAACGGAUUACCACUGAUACCGGACCUUAAAUGUACCACGAACUGCAGACGCAAAUUUUAAUCCUUUCGUUAGCAACGACGAUUGGCCAUAGUUGUCGUUUCUUCCAAGUAUUGAGAACGUUUUUAGCUGACCGUACAGAUUUCUUAUGGACAUGUUGUAUGACCACAGAAUAGUGUAGCUAUGUUUAAUGUUGUCGUGUUGAUCUGUACGCGAUCGCUUUUCGACCAAUCACGUAGCGAGAGGAUUGAAAGCGACAGAGGUUCGUGUGAAUUGAAAUCUUAAAUUAACGUGUAAUACGAGAAUAACGGUUUCACUUGUUUUUUUUAAUUCCCCUGCUUUAAAUUCACAAUGGUUAACGAUCCCAAUUUUGUAUGAUUCGCCACUAAGAGGAAAGAGGGGUAGAAACACUACAACACUAAGCGAUCGUCGUAUAAGGCCAUGUAUUUCAUAUUUACCGUUAAGAUAAAAGUAAAGAGAAGUGGUAAGAAGACGCGACAGUGCGACGCGGCUGUGGUCGCAUUGCGGGUGGUCGUCGGUGAGUUUUGUCGGUGAUUUUUGUCGAUAAUUUUUGCAAAUGCGAGACAGGGAGGGAGAGAGCGACUUUCAGGAAAUGAAGAUGAGAUCGCAGGUCCGAUCGUCGCGCUGUUGUCGCCGUUUGCGCUAAAUAUAAUUAUGUAUAAUAUUAAUAGCAUAUAAUUAUAUAUCACAGAUAGGCAUUAUAUACAAAGAGGAGAUUUAUUAACGCGUAUUCGCAUACGCGUGUACGUCAUGAGAGAGAUGUUCGAGAUGUGGCGCAAUCUCGGAUAUAUAUAAAUAUAUAUAUAUAAAUACACAUAUAUAUAUAUAUAUAUUACUAUAUAGGUAUAUACGAGCGGAUAGAGAUAUAUCAUACUUACUAUUUAAAGUAAUGAAACCGGGGCAAAAUUUGAGUGUAUUGCAGGGUUAACCUCAUAAAUGGCAUCGAUCAUAUAGAAACAUACGUCGUAGAACUUUGUUAUAUCCUCAGCGAGACAAAAAAAAAGAAAAGAAGUGAGAAGGAGAGUGAUAAGAGAGCUGGCGAUAAAGAGAUGGGUAAAGAGGUGACCCAUCGUGAACUUAUACGGGAUAGACAAAUAUAUAUGUAUAAUAUAUAUAUUGCUCAUGCUUAUAUACAUUAUGUAUAUAUACUGUGUAACAUACACAAGUAUGAGUUAAUCACCAGGGGGGCAAACACGACCACAAACCCAUGUUUCCUCGGAGGAAGGGGAAAUGUACUUCCGAGAGAUAAAGAGUGAAAUUUCCGAGUGUAAAGAGUGAAAGGGGGAAACAGGUAGAAAACGGGAGGAAUUAAAAAAAAAAAUAAUUUGUCUGCUAUAUUGACCUCGGCAUCACCCUUAUGAGAAACGACAUUACUAUACAUGUAACAGGAAUAAAGAUAGAAAUAAUGUUUAUAUGAAUUACUAUUAAUUAUUAUUAAUGAUAAUACUAUAAUACGUUACAAGAAUAAAAACUAAGAGUUGGUUCGUGCUUUUAAGAGGUUUAGUUUCGGGCUUGUUUAAAGGGAUAAAAAGGGAUGAAUAGUGAACGUCAGCAAGCACCAGGUCUCCGGGCGCCCGUCUCCGACUCGAGGCGAGCAGCGGCAUUAUUUGCGACAAAGCGGUGUUGUUGCAUUACACACUGUUAUGCUUCGUAAACGACAUGUAAUUUUGAUCUUCUCAGACGAGAUAACUCGUUCACUACGUGAAUCAAUCAAUAGUGACGCCUCGCUUCGGAGCGGGAACCCGAUGGAACGAGAGAAGGGAAGUGACAGCGAGCGAGAGAUACGAGUAAAUAUGAUUUACUUUAGAUAGAACGAAAUAUGUAUAGAAUUUUAUUAUGCACCAUUGUAAUAUUAUGUAUCCCAGUUGUGACACAAUAUACACUGGUGUUAUGUUAAA